CGGCUCUCCUCUCUCAGGGGGCGGGAAAAGAUGGCGGCGCCCAGCAGCCGGUGAGGAGCGAGGACACAGGGAUCCCCGGGCGCGGCCAGACUCCAGCGUUAUGGCCGCAUGCCCUCACACUUUCUCCGCACGCCUCCUGACAGGUCGGGUAGGAGGAUGUGUUUGGUAUCUAGAAAGAAGAGCCAUGCAGGAAUCCCCUCACAAGUUUAUGCGUCUUUUCAGGAAUGUCAAUAAGCAGUGGGUUACAUUUCAGCAUUUGAACUUCCUCAAACGCAUGUAUGUCACACAACUGAACAGAAGCCUCAACCAGCAAGUAAAACCGAAGCCAGAACCAGCAGCAACUCCUUUCCUUGAGAAAACAUCUUCACAUCAAGCCAAAGAAGAAAUCUAUGAGAUAAGACCUCUUCCACCCCAAAGCCUGUCUUUGCCCAGAAAGCCGAAUGAAAAGGAACUGAUAGCACUAGAUUCUGCCUCCAUAGUUGAAGGCACAAUGGAAUUGGGAAAAGAGACGAAAGAGGAGAAGCAAUGGAAAGAGAUGAAGCUGCACAUGGAUGAUUUGCCAGGAAUUUUGGCCCGACUGUCCAAAAUCAAACUCACAGCUCUAGUGGUAAGUACCACUUCGGCUGGAUUUGCCUUGGCUCCAGGACCUUUUGACUGGCCCUGUUUCCUGCUUACCUUCGUUGGAACAGGCCUUGCAUCCUGUGCUGCCAACUCCAUCAAUCAGUUUUUCGAGGUGCCAUUUGACUCAAACAUGAAUAGGACAAAGAACAGACCUCUGGUCCGUGGACAGAUCAGCCCGUUGCUAGCUGUGUCCUUCGCCACUUGUUGUGCUGUUCCCGGAGUUGCCCUUCUGACCUGGGGGGUGAAUCCACUCACGGGAGCCUUGGGUCUCUUCAACAUCUUCCUGUACACCUGCUGUUACACACCACUGAAGAGGCUCAGCAUCGCUAACACCUGGGUGGGAGCCGUGGUGGGGGCCAUCCCGCCGGUCAUGGGCUGGACGGCGGCCACCGGCAGCCUGGAUGCGGGAGCGCUUCUACUGGGAGGAAUCCUCUACUCCUGGCAGUUUCCUCAUUUCAACGCCCUGAGCUGGGGGCUCCGCGAGGACUACUCCCGGGGCGGCUACUGCAUGAUGUCGGUCACCCACCCGAGCCUGUGCCGGCGCGUGGGACACUGCCUGGCGCUGAUCGGCCUGUCGGCUGUGGCCCCCGCCCUGUGUGUCACCACGUGGGCCUUCCCCGCCGUCUCCCUCCCCAUCAACCUGUACAUCUCCUACCUCGGCCUCCGCUUCUACCUGGACGCGGACCGGAAGAGCUCCCGGAAACUGUUCUUCUGCAGCCUGUGGCACCUGCCGCUGCUGCUGCUGCUCAUGCUCACCUGCAAGCAGCACCCGGCGGGGCAGGACGACGAGGAGGCCCCACGGGGCUGAAGCCACACUUCUGGACUCGCAGGGAGGCACUUGGCUCGCGUCUCGACACCAGGAAGGGAUAUUUUGAAGAAAAAUCUCCGGUUUUGUACAAGGUUGUAAAAUGAUUCGGUGCUCAGGGAUCACCUGAAUUUUUUUUUUUUGGGGGGUGGGGGUGGGGAGAUUUCUGCUUGGGGUUUGUGCACUCACCAGUGAGACAGAGAGAGAC